CAGGAGGGAGAGAGAAAAAGAGACGGCAGUGGAGAAGCGAGAGAAAAGAAGCCAGAGCUGAGAGAAAGAGAGAGUCGCAGGAGGAAGGAGAAGGAGAAUGCGCCGUGUCUGGGUAACACUUUUACGCUUGUGUCCAGGGCCUUUGUGAAUACACCAUGGGAUGCAUCGGCUCCAGGAGACUGACGUCAGAUGGCGUGCCAGUCCAAAAGGAUGGGGAACAACAUGGACGUUCAGAAUUUUCAUGGGAAGGAAUCAAUCUGUCUAUGGAAGACACCACAUCAAUCCUGCCCCGGCUCAAGAGGAACUCAAACGCCUAUGGCAUCGGGGCUCUGGCUAAGUCUUCUCUGUCAGGUGUGUCAGGUGUCACACGCACAAUGAAGGAAAGAGUGACCAAGCCCACAGCCAUGGCCCAGGGUCGUGUCGCUCACAUGAUUGAAUGGCAAAACUGGGGCAUGACGACGGUGGGUUCAGGGAGCGUCCUCCAGUCCCGCAUCAGUACCCAGGAGCGAGAAAAGGAGCGGCGGCUGGAGAACGACGCCUACAGUGAUCUCAGUGAUGGGGAGAAAGAGGCUCGCUUUGCAGCAGGCAUCCUGCAGCAGUUUGCAAUCUCAGAGGCAACGCUCCUGGCGUGGUCGUCAAUGGAUGGUGAGACUCCGCAGUCAGGAUCAAACCAGGGAAGCGUGGCUCACCUCAGUGAGGUCAACCAGGAGAGCAUCACCAGUCGAGAUCAGAUAUUGCACCACUCCUCAGCGGAGGUGUGGCCUCACACAUACCAGGGCCACUACUGCCUCUCCUCUUCUGACGCUUGGGAGCCCAUCAACAGCGAUCCCUCCGCCGUAGCGUCUCCCCCUGCUGGCUCCUACGUUAUGGGUACGGAGGGCUACGAUGGGCAGGCCGCAGCUCACUUCCUGUCUCAGCAACAACAGCAGCAGUUCACUCUCCAGCAGAGUCAACUACAACAGCUGCAGCAGAUCCAACAGUUUCAGCACUACCACCAACAGCAGCUUCUGCAGUAUCAGCAACAGCAGUCUCUGGAGCACAGGCUACACAGUGCCAACCACUCUUUGCAAGCAACACCCAACAGCACCAUCCACAGUCUGGUUCAUCAAAUUCACCCUCCGCUGGUUGAUCUGUGGAACACGGGGCAGAUGGAAACCUAUCAGGCAGAAGCCGGUGGGUACAUAGGUGUGGCGGCGACAGUGGAGCCAAGCCUGUGCGUUCCCACUGGUGAAGAGAUAGUAGGAACGGAACACUCCCCGCUACUGGAACAGCAGGAGGAGGAGGAGGUCAAGGAAGAAGAGGUGGCACUGUGCAUGGAGCAAGAGUCGGCCACAUUGACUCCACCCACACAACAAGGGGAUGCUUCUGGUGGCAGUAGUCCGGGGCAGCUGCCAGCAGAGCCAAUCACAGAGCGGAAGUUGUCUGAUGUCACUUCUGGUCUCAUUCAGACACUAGAGGAGAAGGAAGAGCCAGAAGAGGGGCCUCCUGCUUCUGUGGCAGCCAACUGAGUUUAUGGCAGCCAAGAGACAAAUGAAAAACUGACUGAGGAGUCAGCAAGAAAUGAGCAUAAUAACACAAUAUAUCUCUAUUACUCUGUUCCUUUUCAGGUAUCAAAACCACAACUUUUUUGGUUGCAAGGUCAUUUCUUCAAAAUGGUGAGAAAUCGAUUUGAUAGUGGACUCCCAAUAACAGUAGAGCUGAUGCAACAAUGGACACCUGUUUCUUUGCAAGCCUUACAUCCCAAAGGUAACUGAAGAAAAGAGAGAUGAAGGCGGAAGAGAAGCACCAACCGAGUGAAUUAUAUCCACCGGGAAACUGCACUGAGACAAAAAAAAGAGGGGAAUGGAAAAAUGCAUGCUUUUUAUGAGACAAGCAACUCGACCCUGUCAUCAUCUAAUAAUGAUAAUGGAAAUCUAAAGUAAUAAAAAAAUAACAAUAAUUUUGUAAUAAAAGAAACAAAAAAAAGAACAACAAUCUAUGUAUAAGUGUAUGAUAAGAUAUGAGAUUUCCAGUGGGAGAACUACUCUGUUUACAGCUGUUAUUCAACACAUAAGAUAGAGUUUAGUCAAAUUUAUUUCCCCAUUGCAUCAAACACAUGCACUAUACUUUACAUCUGGCAACCCAAGCACUUUCACAGAUGAUUGAAGUAGGCCCAGAAAAUCUCAGCAUUUCAGUGAAAUGCAGUUUUCCCCGAGGCACAAUCCAGGGACAGGCCCUGCUGACUGGACACCCAAAAACCCUGCACAGAUAAGGAUUGUACUGUAAGAUAGCGUGCUUCCUACUCUGUCUCUCUGUAUGCAUGUUUCUUCAGAGUACUAUGGAGUACCUGUACUAUACAGCACUGUAUAGACUUUGCACUGAACCAUAGUAUCCCAGGUGUGGCCACAGUGGCCCUGCAGUGGGCCUGCGGUGGGUUUGAGCGGUGGCUUUCAUGACUGAGAAAUAAACACAGAGCUGCAUAUGUGAAUCUCUUUUGCACUGAUGCAAUCCCAACAGAUCAGAGGUUCCCUUUGGACUGUUGAGGUUACCCAGUUUCCGCUCUGAAAGCUUUCACCGACAACCAAAACCGAGCCACUUGACAACGCGAACCCUCAGCUGCUUUUUUUUUUUCCAUAGACGUAAUCGCGAUGAAUAAAGGAUGAUAACCACUAUUUUGAAUGUACUGGAAGACAGGCGGCAGUACACGAGUGCUGCUUUGAUGCCUCCUCCGUGGUCCACAAGAGAGAGAAGGGAGCGCUGUUCUUAUGAAACAAAAACAAGUGUGGGAGUCUUUCAACCAUGUUGGAAAGUGGAUUCACUGCUGGCUCACCAAGACCACAACAACACACACACACACACACACAGAUAUGAAUAUCUAAAUUGUAACCAGCAAUAGGCAGGCGAGACACUGGCUUCCCAGAUCAGUGUCAGCUCUGUCACAAAUAUGUAAAUAUUCUGAGUAAAUAAAGAAAUUGCCUCUCGCUCACAAUCA